GCUUUGAGAAGGUGAGGCCAUGUCAGCAGUAGGCGGGCGACAUUGUACCUCCGGCGGUCGGUCGGUCUUCACCAUGGCUAAUGGAAGUGGUACUAGUAACCCAUGGUUUGGAUUGUUGUAAUAAUCAUACAGAGUUGCCCUUGUCUCUCAAUGGGUAUGGUAAAUUAAUCGCCACAGUGAGAUAUCUCAUGCCAGGGGUAUUCCCAUUCUGGCCCAGCGCGAAGUAACUAACGAGGUAUUACGCCGAGUACCCCUUCACGCAAGGAGAUUCAACUGAUGGCACAUUCAUCCUCUUCUGUCUACUCUCGGAUCAUUUCUCUUCCACCUCCAUAACUCUUGUCGAUGGUUAAUUAUGUCUCGAGGACUUGCAUGCACGCCAGUCGUCAUUGACUCAGGGUCGAUAUCAGGAGUUGAUCGCCCAAAUGCUACGAGAGCUUUUUACGGUAUCCCUUACGCCGCACCGCCUGUAGGAGAACUCCGAUGGCGACCGCCGCAGCCUGUUCAGCACUGGGAAGGGGUUCGGUCGGGCGAGUCGUACGGCCCUGCCUGCGUUCAACCGCCACCGCCGAAAGCAUCUCUAUACUCUACUGUGGACGCUGAGUUUAGUGAAGAUUGUCUUUACUUAAACAUAUUUACCGGCGCUGAGAACUCUACCGACAGGCCUGUGCUGGUUUGGUUUCACUACGGAGCCUUUGUUUUUGGUUCUGCAGCCCAUCCCAUGGAAGACGGGGCUCGCUUGGCUGCCGAGGGCAUCACCGUCGUCACCGUGAACUUUCGCGUUGGUCGAUUUGGAUUUCUCGCACUUCCAGAACUUAGUGCGGAGUCAGGCCAUAAUGCAUCAGGCAACUACGGGAUCAUGGACCAAAUUUCGGCUCUAGAAUGGGUCCAACGAAACAUCAAAGCCUUUGGUGGUGAUCCCGGGAAUGUGACGAUAGGGGGCGCCUCAUCUGGCGGCGCUAGCGUCACACUACUCCGAACUUCGCCGUUGGCUAAAGGCUUGUUUACCAAAGGGAUUUGUGAGAGCGGACCAGGCCUGGCACCGGCGCUUGAUGGCCCAGGUCAUAUAGCAACUUACAUGACGCUCACUGCCGCUGAAGCAGCCGGGACUGAAGUGCUUAAUGCCCUUGGCGCUUCCUCCUUGGCCGAAUUGCGACAGAUGCCUUCUGAUAAAAUCUUGGCCGUAACAUUGCCUCGAACUAAGGGAAUAUGGAAAUCAUAUUUACGGGAAAACACCACGAGCUUAAGUGUUUACGACACGCAAAACCCCAUCAUUGAUGGUUAUGUGGUUCCUCGAACGCCCGCUGAGGCAUUCAUGUCAGGCGAGGCAGUUGACAUUCCAGUCCUAGCUGGUGCCACGGGUGAUGACGGAACCGCACUACCACGUCUUUAUAAAUUAUCCAACUAUGAAUCAUUCCUCCAGGAAACAUUCGAGGGACAAGCUGAUAACGCCCUUCGUCUCUAUCCUGCAACUACGGAUGCAGAAGUGAUUGUAUCAUCAUGGAGGCUCCUUGCUGACCAAGUCUUUCGUUGGCCUACAUGGACUUCCGCCCGUCUCCAACACAAGUAUAUGAAGUCACCCGUGUGGUACUAUGAUUUUCUCCGCGCGCCGCCAAUACCAACUUCCUCAAGUUUAGUGGAAAAGAAUUUUGCUGGUGCUUUCCAUCUUGUUGGUAUGCUUUACGGGUUGGGCAAUCUCGAUGCAUGGGACUGGGAUUGGACCAAUGCUGACCGGUCUCUUUCAAGAAAGAUGAUGGAGACCUGGGUACAUUUCAUGCGAACUGGGAACCCAAAUGAUAGUACACAGGGUGCUACCUCUUAUUGGCCAGCUUUGAGCGCAAAUAGUGAGCAUGUAAGGAUCUGGGAUGAUACUGGCGAUUUGCGGCUUGAACAGCCUGCAGAGCAUGCUCGUCAAGUAACAGCGUUUUGGGACAAGUACUACGGUUAUCAAAUAUAAAUACUCAAUUAGGGCCAUAAAAGCGGUAAUAGCUCAAUCUGUCACUUACUAAACCGUUACUGCUAUCACCCCUUGAAAUCACACAUCCCGAUGGUUCCUCCGUCAUGCGAAGCCUUCAGAAGACACAUUCAAUCACACCAACAUGCCAUAGAUGGCAUAGGAUAUCAAGCAUAAUCCCAAGCCAUAGGGGAAGAAUGGUGAUUGGGGCCCGUAUAUCAGCCUAUGAUAUAUUGUGGUUCUUUGGGAAGUUUUAACUAUUGCAACUCAUGGCUGAUACAGAUGUUAACGAAAGCCGUCUAAGUCAUGAAGAAUCAUGUCUAGAAAUAACAGGCAAUGACCUCAAAUGAGAAAAAUAUGUGGCUAUAUCAAUGGCGCAGCCAGCUUGUGAAGAUAUACUAAUUACUUAAAGAUUUAAGGCGUAUUGAGCUAUGGCCGGUGAG